GUCUUCUUCCACCAUCUCCUCUCAUCGUACUCUUCCUCGCUCAUCUCACGACUUCCUCUCUACUCUCCUAGGGCUUCACUAUGGCUCUCAAGCGCAUUAACAAGGAAUUGAUCGAUCUCGGCCGCGACCCCCCUUCCUCGUGCAGCGCGGGCCCGACGGGUGAUAACAUGUUCCAGUGGCAAGCAACGAUCAUGGGACCGGGCGAUUCACCGUACGCCGGUGGCGUCUUCUUCCUCUCCAUCACCUUCCCUACCGAUUACCCCUUCAAGCCCCCCAAGGUCAGCUUCACGACCAAGAUCUACCACCCGAACAUCAACGCGAACGGUUCGAUCUGUCUCGAUAUCUUGAGGGAUCAGUGGAGUCCAGCAUUGACGAUCUCGAAAGUACUCCUUUCGAUCUGCUCAAUGCUGACCGACCCGAACCCCGACGAUCCGCUUGUCCCCGACAUUGCGCAUCUGUACAAGACGGACCGGCAGCGGUACGAGGCGACGGCCCGGGAGUGGACACGGAAGUACGCCAUGUAGCAGUUGUUCAGACGAUCACGAUACAUGACGAAUGAGCGGCUGGUGUACGAUGUGUUGUCCUCUUGCGCUGUCCUGAUGUUGUUCCCCCCCCCUCCAAUCGCAUGUGUGUACAAUCAUUACAUUGAUGGCAAUCCUUUUACGCGAAUGUGAUGAGAUCAUGUCCUCUGGAACCC